CGUCGCGCCAUUAGCGGCUAGCGAGCUAGUUAAGCGCGCGCGCGUCUCACGUUUGCGUACGCGGUGUUUCAUGCGCACGAUAUAACGAUCGUUGGUUGAACUUACGGACUUGGAAAUUUGUGACUGAAAUUUUUGUGUGUAUUGUGUGUGUUUAUUGGUGCCUUGUUGUACUCUUUAGUGUCUAUUAAGAGCUAUAUUAUAGGUUAACAAAAUUAUUAUAAAAUUUGAGUGAAGUCGACGGUUGGUUUAAUGAGUGCGGUGGCACUUAUAAAUGCAAAGUAAACAUUUUGAUAAGGAAAAGAUUUAAGCGUUGCCAAAAUUCUCUUAUCAAUUACUUAGUCCGACUCAAGGUCGCGCGUUAUCACUGCCAUUCGGGCAGAGCCGAUGGAUUCGUUCAGUGAUUGCGCGCAACACUGCAAAUUACUCAUUUCACUGUGAGACUUAACAAUUCUGUUCAUUUUAUUGCAGAAUUAAAUUUCAUUAUUCAUAUUGUUUACUUUGAUUUUAGCCGAACAACAUUUACUGAAUUUUUUAAAUUGUUAAAUGGUAUUAAGUAUUAUUGUUUACAAACUUAUAUCGUGAGGCCGUGUAUGUAGAUCGCGACCUAGUUGCGCGUGAUUGAGGAUAAAACAAUAUAAAUAGAUCUACUAGUUUCAGUGUGAUGGUUUAUAGUUAUUCAGUGGCUGUAGUGAAUAGUGAUGCAUGAUGCGACACGAAGCAACGCCUGCACCCUGGACGGCUCCUGGUGAGGUUUGGGAAUACGUCAGCCAACUGGUCAGCUCCUAUCACGACCAACAUGAUUGCCAGUUUGCAUCACCGACGGUGGCGAGUGCAGCGUGUGGUAGCAGCUCUUCUUCCUCGACUUCCUCGUCGUCGUCAUCAUCGUCAUCCUCUUCAUCAACAUCAUCUGACUCAGAUACGCCUGAUGCGGGUACACAGAACCCGCCCGAUGACUCGAAUGUUGCCCUUGCCGCGGCCUGCCAGUUACAGGUCAUCGACGAUGCAGACCUCGCGGAACUAUUUCCAGAGCAAUCGUCGAGUGCGCCGGUGCAGCAGACUAAUUUCACGACGUUCGCUGAACACAGCGCGGCACCGGACGACGAUAAAUCUCCUGUUGAUAAUGGCGACGGAUCCAGCAGUGAGAUGGAGCUUACGCCCCAGUUAGUUACAGCUGCAAUACAGAGAGCAACGGCUGAUUCCUCUGGAUCGGAAAAUGAAUGCUCCAAUUCGGAGACAGUGCAGAAUACAUCACAUUACGCGUCAAGUUUAUUACAGCAGUUUGUUGCUCAAACACAACUUUUAAGCAAUUCUGCACCUUUAUCUAAUAUAAAUUCUUCAUCAAUAUCCUGUGGAUUAAAUGCAAAAGAUGGAAACAUUCAAUCGACGAUAGGGGAUUGUGUGCUGGGACAGUUAAAUAAUCUACCAGAAAUAUCACCAAUUACACCAAACUUCCUAAGUGGGAGUACUCAUUUAAGUCCCCAACAUACUGAAGAGUUGUCACUAAUAAAUAAAGAUCUUGCGGAAAUAUCAUCUGUUGCCGAUUCGGUCGAUAUAGCCAACCCACCGAGUUUAGACGAUUGUGUUGAGAAUAACGACUUUAUGAACCUGGAUAUAGCAGGAACUUCGGUACUGGGUAGUGCAAGUGAUCUAUUACAGAGUUCACAUAUCACAAUCGCCAACAACGAUGUCAACUCGUUGAAUCAAAUUGACCCAAACAAAUUGUACUCAAUCAAUGCGAAUUCGCUCGAAUCUCAAGAUGACUCGAAAAAUGUUGCUGUUGAAUCUAGAAGAAAAAGAGGUCGACCGCGAAAAGUAAAAAAAAAUGAGGAAUUUGUAAAGAAAGGAGCUGAAUCUCAAAGGGAUGACAAACAAGCCGCCAAUGUCGACAAUCACUUUCACAAUAGUAAUGACCCACCAAAUGUUUCGCCUGAUUCUGGAAUUUUAUCAAAUCAUAAUUCACCAACUCAAUCACCAUUACGUCGUCUUGAUAUUGAUGAGGGUAGCAGCAGAAAUAGAAGGAAAUCUGUUCAAAAAGAAAAUACGUCAGAAAGAAAAAGUGCAAGGUCGAAAUCAAAAACGCGAACCCGAACUCAAGAUAGGUCUGAUUCCAGUGACAAUGAUUUUAGGAAGAAAAGAAGUGAAACUGAGAUAAAACAAAUCAAAACUGAAGCCCCAUCACCAGUCCCACUUAAACAAGAACCGAAUAGAUUGGAAAAACCAAAGAAAAACGACCGUAAAAUCGAUAUCGCGGCCUUAGAUAGAAUGCUGUAUGCGACGGAUAGAGUCCUUUACCCGCCACGAAAAAGGCCGGGUAGAAAGCCACAAGCAAAAACAAAACCUAUAAAAACAGCUUCAAAAACACUAAAAGAUAAAAAUCAGUAUAACUCUGGUGACAGUGAUAAUGAUUCAGCUUCUCCUAAUAGAUCUGUUCUGUCAGGGGUGUAUGCUAAAAGGAAAGAACUCAAUAGUAAACUUGCAGUCCUGCCAAAAAAGAGCAGUAAAACAAUAACUAAUACUUGGAGGGAAAAUCAAAGUGAAAAUGAAGCUGCCGCAGAUGACAUGAUUGACCCUACAUGGAAAGAAAUAGAUCUAAAUCCAAAGUACAAAGAUCUCCUCUCGGGAUAUAAAAGUGAUUAUGAAUUUAAACCAUACAAAAGCUGUAGUAGACUUAUUGAAUCGGGUUAUAAAAGUGAUUAUGGAUUUAGAAGCGGCUAUAAAAGUGACUACAAUCGCUCUGGUUACAAAACUGAUUAUAAGUCAGGAUAUAAGACUGAUAAAUCAGGAUAUAAAACUGACUACAGUGUUCGAAGUGGACGAAGGCGAAUCAAGAAGUUGAAAAAGACGAGAUCUGUACGCAAUAGGUCAUAUUAUAAAAAUCAGAAGCAUUUUGUAUCUGAUCAAGAAAUAUUAUUGUUAAGUAAUAAAACAUUUAGCAGUCUCACGCUUGGGCAUAGUUCAAGUGACUCUGAAUGUGAUAAUUAUAUGAGAAAAUCUGCCGCAAGUCCAAAAUACAUUAGUGUAUGUACGAAAUAUCCCUUACCAUCAAAAUAUGACUACAGUUUUAAAAAAAAUAAUCAGAAAAAUAUAUUGCGGGUUAAUUCAUCAGAUCCCUUUGCUCCAGGUCCAGUGUUUAGUGGGUUACAGAGACCAGUGACAACUUAUAAUAUUUUUAAAGUAAGCCAUAAUAAUAACAAUACUCUUUUAAAACCUCCAGGGCAGUCAAAAGCUUCAAGUGGAACGUUACCCCCAUUGAAACCUGUUUUUACACAUAAAUUCGGAGUAUCGCCUUUAACCUCAACAAAACAGCCGCAAAAAGAAGUUGAUAAAAUUAAUAGCAGAAAUCUCUCCCCGAGAAAUCGAAAGCACACUAAAUUUACAGCGACAGCUCCCUUACCAACUCCUAAGAAGGAACAUGUAAAACCAUUACCAAAUAUAUUCGAAAAAGCAAAAAAUAGUUACAUUCCUAAUAAGUCUUUAUCACGCAAUGUUUUUCUAAAUUUCAAAAAGUCUAACAUCAAACCAACGUAUCAUAUAAAGAAACAUAGGAGAACUGUAGUACUUGCUCCACCCAAAAUCAACUUAAAACCUACAGAGAGACCAUCUCGAAUCACAAUUAAAACAGAAAGUAAACAUCACAGACAUCGAAGUAAAAGACGACACAGGUCGAGAUCAGUGUCUCGGUGCAGAGAAUCUGCUAACCGUAAUGUAGCUGAAACAAUUGAUCAAAAAUUUAAUACUGAUAUGGAUAAUCUCAUAAACAAUUUUAUUAAGCUGUGCCAGGUUGCACCAAAAUUAUUGACAAACGUCGCAUUAAACUCUCCAAAGCAUGUAGAAAAGGAGAAACCUCAAUCAGAUACCGCUACAACUAAAGUAGUAAAGCGAACAUCAAAGAAGCGUAAAACUUCUGACAAUUUAGAAACUGCCACACCUACAUCAAAACGAAGACAUAAAAAGCAGUUGGCAGAAUCUCAAAAUAAGGGUGGAAAAGAUACAAAUGAACAUAAACUACCGCUUAAGAAAAGGCAUUAUCACAUAAACUCGUCUACCAGCAAUUCAUUAAGUUUAAGUUUAGUGACCUCGGAGUUCGAUGAAAAUUUGAAGAAUGAAGCUGGAUCGGAAAAGUUUUUGUGUACAGAAUCUGAUUGCCUUGUAGAUUUACAAACUCAAGAUGCAGAAAAUUCGCCUAAACCUAAAGCAGUUUCUGAAAAAUCUAAAAGGCCGGGUGAGAGUUUAAAAAUUGCGGCAUCUGAAAGCAAGAUUAUUUCAGAAUUACUGCCGAAGGAAACUAAAACAGAUAGUGAUACUAAAAGUAUAAUAAUAAAAAAGGAUGAAAGCAAUUCUCCAGUCAUGGAUGAUUCUGCUUCAAAUUCAAUUAAUAUUACGGACGAUGAUUUGUUGAUAAAGAAGCCAUCGGAAGAACAGUCUGAACUGUCGAAAAAAAUAUAUGAAACCUCCGAAAAAUUAAAAGCUGUCCAUAAAAUGGUUCAUGAUUUAGAGAAAAGCUUACCGAAAACGAAAGAUGUGGAUGUUAAACCUGAAUCAUCAAAAUUAGACACUAGUCGAAUUUCCUCCCCUAGAUCUGAAACAAAAUCAUCACCAAUGCGAAAUCCGAUAGUGACGCCGAAAAAGCGUCAUAGGCUAGAAGCUGAAAAGGAUACAUCGCACUCCAACAUAGAUAAUGUGGUGCAAUCUCUAUCUAAAAAAAUAUCCGAAGAAAAGCCUUUGAUGUCCGAUAAGAAAGAUAUAAAUGAAAAUACAUCUCAGGAAGAUGUUAAGGAUGAUGAUAAAAAUUCAUCUACUUCACCAAACACUACAUCCGUUCCAACGUCAGGUAGCGGAACAGAUCCUUUGAAGAGUAUGUCUGCCAGAUCAUUAUAUAAGAGUGCAAUUCCACCUGCACAGAAAUCAGAAAUAAUGACUCGAAAGAAAAACAGACUCGAAGGCUUAACAAGCAAUUUAGUUUCCAAAAUUAAUCCAAGUGCCGCUACAAAAGUACUUGAUACACUUUUAAACAACAACAUAAGAAAAUCAAUAGAAUCACGAAUAUUGGAAAAGGAGAAAAGUAAUUCUGACAGUAGUUGCAGUAACAAAUCAGAUGAUAAAAUCAGAGGAAAAGAUUCACCGAAUAAUCAGAUAAACACUAGAGCCAGUGUAAUUAAAUCUCCGGUAUCGAAAGGUAAGCUAUUGGAGACUAAAUGUAAAACCAGAACAUCAGACUCGUUAACUGGUAACACUGUAGUUGUAAACGUUGAUAAUCCCACUGGAAUUUUUGAAUCGUCUGUAGACUUAGAAGACCAAAUUCCAAAGUCAUCUAUAUGUGUCAGUAACAUACUAGCUGAAAAGAAUAAAAAAAUGAAAAAUCACGAUUUGAAAAGUUCUAUAUUAUCUUCUAUCGAUACUGAAUCGGAUAUACCAUUAUCCUUGAUCGCAGAAUCUUCUGAUUCUAUUAUAAGACCUAAACGAGGAGAAUCUAUAGCGGCAGUUAUAUCGGAUAAAAUCCAAGAGACUGCUGGUGGCCAUAACUUACGACAACCCAAAAGAAAUUUAAUGACUGAUAGUGAUGAUGCAAACGAAAAGAAAAAGAAGAAAACUUCUAAUAAUAUCAUAAGAGAAAGUAAAUUAGUACUUCCCUCUAAAAUAUUAAUUCCGAAAGUUCAAGCAGAGAGGAUGCCAAUUGGUAAUAUAAUAAAGAAAUGUAAUUUACAAACUAAGAAAUCUGAACAAACUGCAGAACCCAACGAUACUAUUAAAACCAUUGAUCCUGUCAAAAAGAAACCUCGAAGGCGAAAAGCUUUCAAUAGGACGGGUUUCCCAAAUGUCAAACGCAAGAAGAAAAAGGUUGAAUCUAAUAAUUCGGCUAACAGCUCACAUGAUCAAUUAGGUUCCGAAGAUACGGAUAGUUCUGCAUUUGAGAGAGUGCCGAAAGAUGGUGAAGCGAUGAGUAACUUCUUAGAACGCACUACUAAUAUGCAACCGGAGUUAAAGAUUGUUUUAAAUAAAGAUGAAUGUCCGAAACAAGGGCGUUUGACAGUUGUUGCCUUAGAGAAACUACAAGGAAGGGAAGCAGUAAAUAAAUCUAAUAAACAAACCGAUAAAGCUGCUCCUGAAAAGAAAACUUCGUCGAUACUAAGAGCGCCUGCUUUACAAUUAAAACAAAAGACUGAUAAAGAAAUUAAAAACCACAUCAAUAAAUGGGAAGUACUAAGUGAGACUGAUAGUAUACCUUCGUUAGCGAGUUCUCUUGGCAAUGACCCUGAAGACAGUAUUCCAUUGAGUUUAUUGAACUUGAAGCAAAAGGCCAAUAGAGUAGAAAAUAUUGAGCGAUUAAAAAGAAAAAGUCGGGUUCUUUCGCCUUCUAAUGAAAUCGAACAAAUAUUUUCAAAACGGAAGGUCGUAGAGAAAACUUGCAAAGUUGGACUUCGGCCGAAAUCCAGUCUGGCUGUUUUGUACCCCAGUGAGCGAAGACAUACCAGAAGUUUUGAUAAUACUGCUGAGGAUGGGAAAAUUAAGCCAAGAAAAUCAGAAAACAAAAAAGUUUUAGAGGUUACAGAAAAAGAAAAGAUUAAACCUUUGGGCAUAAUAACAAGGAGAAAGUCAAGAUCAUGUCAGCUAAAUAAAAAGGUGGCUAAUGAUGUCGUAAACAGUUCGAGAGAGAGUUCAUUGGAGACGAUUGUUAGUCGUAAAAUGCCACUGUCACGGGAACCAUCUGUCGACACACUACUAGACCAUGAUGAAAAUGAGCCCUUACCGCUUAAUGAGAAAGAAAUUGACUUCGAAAAAAGCAUAGAUGUCAUAUCCAAGAAUAUUAUUUGUAAAAAGAGGGUCGCUGCUUCUAGAGAUGGAAGCCCGUCUAACGGAGUGGAUAGUAAAGAGAGAAUUGUGUCUAAGAAAAAUCCCAGACUACGAAAGAAGUUCUUAUUAGCCGGCUUAUUUUCGGAAUACUACAAGGAAGAUCCAAAGCCUGAAGGAAAAGGAAAGAAUCUGGUUACGCAAACAGAGUUUCCCCCUGGGCUCUUGGGUCCGCCCCCAUACUGCGAACGUUGGGUUCGAAAAAGACUCAUUCACUUCACGCUACCUUACGACAUUUGGUGGGAACAACAUUAUAACCAACCAGUGCCUUCAUGGAAUUAUAAGAAAAUACGCACAAACGUAUACUACGACGUCAAGCCAUCAGCCGAAGAAUGCGAAAGUGUUGCAUGCAAUUGCGCACCGUCUUCCGGCUGUAACGAAGACUGUAUCAACCGACUGGUCUAUUCUGAGUGUUCACCCCAAUUGUGUCCUAGCGGUGAUAAAUGCAAGAAUCAAAGGAUCCAACGCCACGAAUGGGCAUCUGGUUUGGAGAAAUUCAUGACUGAGAACAAAGGGUGGGGAGUUCGGACCAAACAUAGGAUAACGUCUGGGGACUUCAUUUUGGAGUAUGUGGGUGAAGUCGUCUCUGAUAAGGAGUUUAAGGAGCGAAUGGCAACCCGAUAUGCCAGGGACACACAUCACUACUGUCUCCACUUAGACGGGGGCUUAGUCAUUGACGGACAUCGCAUGGGCGGAGAUGGACGCUUCGUCAACCAUUCGUGUCGACCUAACUGUGAGAUGCAAAAAUGGACUUCUAAUGGUACUUUCAGGAUGGCGUUAUUCGCACUAAGAGACAUCGAUCCAGAUGAGGAAUUGACUUAUGAUUACAACUUUUCACUGUUCAACCCAGCUGUGGGACAGCCCUGCAAAUGCGACUCGGAAGACUGUCGCGGCGUCAUUGGUGGCAAGUCACAGCGUAUAACGAAACAGCCACUUAAAACGCAAUCACGGACACCCUCCAAUGCCUCAAACCAAUCCAGUACCUCUAACCAGCCGCGCGUUGGAAGACCGCGAAAAGCAGUGAAAUGUAAUAAGAAAUCUGACCAAUUGAACGUAUCGGCCUGCGACAUCAAGAACAUGACCAUUUUGAAGUACCAACAACAUUUGAACAAGCUCUGGCAAGAACCGCAGUUGAAACCUCUCACUGCUAAGGAAAGGGCACUGGUUAAGGACAGGCAUUGCUUCCUGUUUAGGAAUUUGGAGAAUGUUCGUCGUACCCGCGAGAAGAUAACACUCCCCAUGCCCCCAUCGCCCGUAUCUAAUGUCCCAAGUGUCAGUUUGCCUCCCGUCCCCGAAGUUAUCAAUGUCGAUCCGUUAGCCUUACCCGAUACAAUGAAUCCUCAAGUUUUCCACAAAAAAUUGCAAAAUCUUCGAGCGUCGAAGGAAAAAAUACUGAAAUUGGCCAAAUUCGAAGAUGACUCAACAUUAGAUAUGAAACAACGUUUGGGUCGAGUGUUUAAGGCACUGUUUACUAUUUUAACAACUUUUAAAGGCGACGAAGACAAGCCAAUCUGUACACCAUUACUCAAACUUAAGAACCAGAAAUCGGAUUCUAUAUCAGAUUUAAAUGGGAUUCAAAAUAAAAUAGAUAACAACGACUAUGAAAGCAUAGUACAGUUUGACAGCGAUGUUAGCGGACUGAUGUCUAUGCUAAUGAGAGAGUAUAGUAAAGCCACUGCUGUGGGAUCGGCUGCUGCGCAGUUGAAAAAGGUCUACACAACCGCCAAAUUGGAGUUUGCCGAACAUCUAAGUAAAAUCCUUGGCUCUCAGGAAAGUCUACCAUCUGGAUUUAUACAAAAAACUAAACCGGAGGAAGUAAUCCUAUGCAUCUGUGGACUACACGUGGAAGAAGGAUUAAUGGUGCAAUGUGGCAACUCGCGUUGUGGCGUGUGGCAACACGCGCGAUGUAUGCGACUCGCUGAUACCAGUUCUACGCACUACUGCCAUCUAUGUUCUACGGAGCCUGUGGAUCGCGAAAUUCCUCUAGACGAAUAUACAGAGGAAGGCCAUCAAUUCUACUUAUCGCUUAUGCGUGAUGGCCUUCAAGUAAGACAAGGCGAUACGGUUUACGUGCUAAGAGAUAUACCAAUUAAUGAUAAACAUCCCGAUGUCAGUCAAAAGACAGGGGACAAAACGGAUUCGCCGAAGACUAAACGAGUCGACAGGAAGAAAUUAAAGAACAUCAAGGGAAAGGAAAAGGAAGAUGUUACGGUCAAUAAGGAUAACGAAGUACGAAAACACACAUACCAAACCAUCGGAUGCGUUCCAGUUUCGGAGCUGGAUAUAUUCCGCGUGGAACGUUUGUGGAAACACAAGGACACGCAAGAGAGAUACGUGUACGGGCAUCAUUAUUUGCGGCCGCAUGAGACAUUCCACGAGCCAACUAGGAAGUUCUUCCACAAUGAAGUAAUGCGAGUACCCUUAUAUGAAGCCGUUCCCAUAGAACUUGUCAUGUCCCAGUGCUGGGUCAUGGAUCUCAAUACAUACUGCAAGGGUCGGCCAGUGGGCGCAUCUGAAGCCCACGUAUACAUCUGUGAGCUACGCGUGGAUCGUACAGCGCAUCUCUUCACAAAAGUGUCUCGACCGAAAUAUCCUUUGUGCACGAAGCCUUACGCGUUCGACCAUUUCCCGCAAAGGCUUAAAAUUUCAAGGACGUAUGCGCCUCAUGAGGUGUUGCCAGAAUAUCUUAAAGGUCGCGCUGGGAAGAACUUCCUUGCUACGGACAAACCAAAACCAACAAACGAGAUUAAGAAAAAGCCAUCCACCAGUGCAAUUUCUAGUGUUAAUAAGGCAUUAACUCCUUCGCAGCGGCGCGAGCAGCAAAAAGAGCGAGUGAAUGAAAUAGCUCGAGGUCUGCUCACACGGGGAGGUCAACGCGGGGCAGUUGACGCAUCGUAUCUAUUGGCGCCUCGCGUUGCGCGAAGGCCUCGCGCCAGGCUCUCCUGACCACCAAGGAGUACGUGCCUUACGUGCACCACUUGAUACGUAACACGUGCGCAACGUACGUUAAUGAUAUGAAAUAAUUUAUUACUAAAUCAUAUAUGGAUCUAUGGAUAGAGAAUAACUCACUAUUUAUAAUAUGUAAGUAAUGCUCGAAAGUUAUGUAUUCGCGUAUAUCAUGCAUUUGUGAAUAUUUAUUUUAGUUAAACUGCUUCUUAUAAAUAUGACGUAUUUGUAAGGGCGGUUCGUAGUAUAUCCUGUACAUACAUUUCGCAUAAUCACAAUUAGAAUAUUAAUUGCACGUUAUGUGUAAAAAAAUUGUUACAUAUAAGUAUAAACAUUCCUUAUGUUGAUAGUGGACAAUAAAAGGAAUGGUAUGGAUUUUCAUCGGAAUCUCUUGUAUAUAUAUAUAUUUUUAUAACUUAACGUAUUAUUUAUUUUCUUAGCUAUAGAAAUCUCAAAUUUCGUGUGCUUAUGCGUUUACAGAUGUAUUUCUAUAUAAAUUAGUUAUAUAUUUUUAUAGGCUAAUAUUGUUAAUUUAUCAUAGCGUAAUUACUAAACGACCAGUGGUGCGAACUGAUGUUGAGAGUUGAAAGAUUUAUAGUUAGGGAGUUGUUUGGCGGUUGUUAUAGUAAUGUUAGUAUUUCUUCUAGGUUUUGUUAAGGUUUUAUUUCUGGUCAUUUUCUACGUCCCGAGGACAGAACUCUUCGAUAUUGAAAUUUUCGUAUGAAAAUUCAGUCCCAAAGUUUCGAUACUUGCAAAACGUUGUACACUGCUAUCAUGUAUUAAAAUCUCUCUAUUUUUUACAAGUUAAGAUUAUGUAUGUAGAUGGGGUCGGUUGUUUUUAAUAUAUUCGGUUAUAAAUGGCCGCGCGAAAUCUUGCACUAUGGUACCCUAGUAAUUAUCGUUUAUGGUAUUUAUUAUGACUGUACGUACGUAUACGUUUCUUUUUCGAUCGUUACGUUAAUCGUUUUAAAAGUUUUCUACGCUUGAGAUUUGCUAGUUUUUAGGUUCUAGCUUCAAUCUAUUAAGGGCGUGAACAUUUUACUGAUAUAAUUAAUUCAAGAUAUUAGUCGAAGGUGCUAAAUAUUAUCGCUUAAAUUUUAAUUCAGUUGAAUUGUUUUGUGUUUGUCCACCGAUUUUUCAGUAUACUAGGGUGACUAUAAAGUAGUAUGUGAUCGUUCGUGAACAAAUUGUUUUUGUUUCUAAUUUAUUUGUAAAAACUGUUUUUUUAAUCUUAUCGCAUGCUAUAGUUAAGAUUAUGUUUUUAUUGCUUUUGCACUUGCUUAUACACGAUUAGUUUAUUGAUCCCAAAAGGUUUUAUAUGUUUAAUAUGAUUUUCUGUGGUUUUAGGAUGUAGCAUUGACUUAGCUUCGCUUUUAUUAUACAAUUAAAAUUAUUUAUUUUGACAGUCCGUUUUCUACAAAAAACUGGACAAUUUCUUAUAACCGUUUGAUAAUUCAGAGUAUAAGGAAGACUUAAGGUUGAAAUCAUUAAA